AUGCAAAUUAUUAAGGUCUUCAUUAAAUCUUAUGAUACACCAUCAGGAAUACUAAGUUCCAGAUUUAUUACUAAAAAUGGAAGGAAGAUUACACUAAUCCUAUCUGAUUCCAAAUUGUAUCGAAUUUCUGACAAAGGUUUAAAAAUGACUUCUCUAAGUAGUCAUCUACGCUUUCAAAUCAAGCCAAACAAAUUGCAGAACUAUCUUAUUUUAGAGACCGACUUUUUACCUAAGCCAAUAGAGUAUUAGUUUAUGGAUUAACCAGGGAUGUGGGAGAUCUUUCUAAAAUAGAAAUUACCACUUAUGGAUUAUUAGAAAUAUUAUGAAAUUGAAAAAUUAAUAGGUAGUGGUGGUUUUGCUAGCGUUUACAUUGGAAAAUCAAAGGCUGAUGGUACCAAAGUAGCAAUUAAGGCUUUCCUUAAAAAAAUGCUUAUGUUAUCAGAUCCAAUUUAAUGGAGGUAAUAAAUUGACAAUGAAGUGAAAGUCAUGAAGUAUAUGAAUCAUUAAAAUAUAUUGAAAUUGUAUGAUGUUUUUGAAAACAAGGCCCAAAUUUACUUAAUCACAUAAUUAUGCAGAGGUGGCAACCUUGAACAAGCAAUCAAAAAACUUGAAGAACCUUUGCCAUUUUUAACUGUGAAAGUGAUUUUUCGACAAAUUGUAGAAGGAAUCAAAUAUAUGCAUGAUAUAGGUUUGAUGCAUAGAGACAUAAAACCAGGGAAUAUCCUUUUUAGAAAGCCUGUUUCCCUUAAAUAAUUCGGGCUAUCAGUUUAAGAUGGUCCUUUGAUUAGUGAUUUUGGAGUAUCCUCUCUGAUCUAGAAAUAACUUAAUGUUUAUUAAUUUUGUGGGUCCUAUGGGUAUAUGGCGCCAGAGAUCUUCGCUUGUGAGGACGACAAAUAGAAGUCGUAUAAUGAGAAAUGUGAUGUUUUCAGUUUAGGCUGCCUACUUUAUGAAUUAACUACUAAUAAACCACUUUUUUCAGGAAAUAAUAUAAAAUUAUUAAAUAAAGAAUGCAAUAUAAAUACAAAUAAAUUGUUAGAAGAAUGCUAUGGAAAUAAAUAAUUAAUAAGUCUUUUAAUAAAAAUGUUGAAUCCAAAUCCAGAGUAAAGGAUUGCUUGUUCUGAAGUGUUAAGCCAUCCAGUUAUGCAAGUGGAAUAUGAUGAAUAAGGAUGCCCAUUAUUCAAAGAUUAUAAAAAACCGGUUAUUUUGUCAAUACAAAAGCCAAGGCAGCAGAUGAAAUCCAAAAGCAGCGCUAUUUUGCCAUACACUUCUAGAAGGAAUGAAACUCAGUCAUUCAAAAGACUAUCUUAAGUACUACCACCAAUAAAAAGAUUAAGCACAGAAAUGCAUAAUUGA